GAACCUUUCAAAAAAUAAAUAAACUAAUCCACUACAAAACAACUGGUCAUAUCUUUAUUCAAAUAAAAUAGCAAUGACCGAUAUAAUAACAAUAUAAUACCUUUGAUAUUUGCCUGCACGUCCCCAAACAAGUAGAGAAUAAUAAUCACAUCAAGAUUGAUUAAAACCCUCUCACUAAUCACCUUCUUAAUCACCACCCUCUCCGGCUCUCAACAGAACAACAACAAAAAAACAGCUUCCGUUGUCCUGUUCCGGCGAAAUCGGACGGUCGAGAUCAAUCAUGCAUCGUAGAGCAGCAAUUCAAGAAUCGGAUGACGAAGAAGAUGAGACUUACAACGACGUCGUUCCUGAAUCUCCUUCUUCUUGUGAAGACUCAAAGAUCUCAAAACCAACUCCAAAGAAAAGUAGGAGGAACGUAGAGAAGAGAGUUGUCUCAGUUCCGAUAGCUGACGUGGAAGGAUCUAAGAGCAGAGGCGAAGUAUAUCCACCGUCCGAUUCAUGGGCCUGGAGAAAGUACGGACAAAAACCGAUCAAAGGCUCGCCUUAUCCCAGGGGAUAUUACAGAUGUAGUAGCUCAAAAGGAUGUCCGGCGAGGAAGCAGGUGGAGAGAAGCCGUGUGGACCCUUCUAAGCUUAUGAUUACUUACGCCUGCGACCACAAUCACCCUUUCCCUUCCUCCUCCGCUAACACCAAAUCCCACCACCGCUCCUCCGUCGUCCUCAAAACCGCAAAGAAAGAGGAAGAAUACGAAGAGGAGGAAGAAGAACUAACCGUCACCGCCGCAGAGGAACCACCGGCGGGACUUGAUCUAAGCCACGUAGACUCACCGUUGCUAUUAGGCGGCUGCUACAGCGAAAUCGGAGAGUUCGGGUGGUUCUACGACGCGUCGAUCUCAUCAUCAUCUGGUUCUUCGAAUUUCCUCGACGUAACUCUAGAGAGAGGUUUUUCAGUAGGCCAAGAGGAAGAUGAGUCUUUGUUCGGUGAUCUCGGUGAUUUACCUGAUUGCGCCUCCGUGUUCCGCCGUGGGACUGUUGCGACGGAGGAGCAACAUCGAAGAUGUGAUUUUGGCGCCAUUCCUUUCUGUGAUAGUUCUAGAUGAGUUUGUGUGUGUAGCCAAAACCAAAAGAAAAAAACACAAUUUUUUUAUUUUCCACUGUAAAGGUGUAUCAAUGGUGGAUUCAUUUUUUUAAAAAAGGAAACCCAAAUAAUAAAUUUAAUAUCAUUUGAGAGAAUUCAAGUACAAUUAAAG